AUGUUUACUGAAAUAGAAGAUAUUAUUGUAGAUACAAACUUGCAGGUCUGUUUACUUGGUGAUUUCAAUGCUCAUACUAAAAAUGUUAAUGAAUAUGUUGAUAUUGAUAACCAUAUACUAAAUGCUUGUAAUAUUGCAAAUGAUUAUCAAAAUUUGAUAAACAAACUGCAUAUUCUGGAAGAAUGUAAUGUGUCUCCUGUUAGCUACUCUAAAGAUAAUGGUAAAAUUGAUCAUUAUGGCAAGAGAUUAUUUAAUUUAUAUAAAAGUACUCAAUUGUUCUUUGUAAAUGGUCGUUUUGGUGCUGACAAGGAUGUAGGUCAAACUACAUGUAACAAUUCUCUAAUUGACUAUGUAAUUAUAACUCCUGAAUUAUCUAGGGCUAUUGUAGACUUUGAUAUAUUGUCAUAUGAUCCUAUUCUUAGUGAUGUGCAUAAACCUGUAUGUUUAAAAUUAUGUUCAAAUAUUAGAUCUGACUGUGUUCAGUGUGGCGUCACUGGUAGUUCUAGUGAAAAAGAUGUGGUAGAUGCUAUAAAAACAUUAAAGAAUGAUAAAGCUUGUAGUAAUGAUAUGAUACUAAAUGAAUUUUUGAAACAUGGAGCUGUCAAAUUAUUGCCUGUUUAUGUCAAGAUUUUUAAUAUUAUUUUUGUACCAGAUUCUUGGUCUCAAGGUUUUAUAUGUCCAAUAUACAAAAACAAAGGUGACCCCGCAAGUGCGGACAAUUAUAGAGGUAUCACUAUACUUAGUUGUUAUGGAAAACUAUUUACAUGUAUUCUUAAUAACAGAUUUUUCAAUUACCUUGAAUGUUUGGGUUUAUUAUGUGAAGAGCAAGCUGGUUUUCGGAAAGGCUAUGGUACUGUUGACCAUAUUUUGAACUUAAAAUGCCUUAUUGAUAUGUAUUUAUUUAGAAGGAAAAAACUGUACUGUGCUUUUGUAGAUUAUCGAAACGCUUUUGAUUCUGUAAACAGGGUAUUAUUAUGGCAAAAACUGUUACGUAAUGGUAUUGACGGUAAAAUGCUUGUUAUUGUACAAAACUUAUAUAAAAAUGCUAAGUCUUGUGUUAGAUCUGGUAGCAAUAUUUCAGAAUUGUUUGCCUCCAAUGUAGGUGUUCGACAAGGUGAGAAAGAUAAGUGCCCGUUACAUUAUCUAAUACAGCGUACAUUUGAGUCACAAUAG